AUGGACGUCGUACAGGUGGAGCUGCAUCGUCGCUUGUGGGCACAGAUCUGUUACUUGGAUUUCCGCGCGGCUGAAGAUCAGGGUUUUGCGCCUUCAAUCCAUGAGUCGGACUUCGAUACGCGUCGACCCCUCAGCCUGGAUGAGGUCGAUCUCAUCGAAGGAGUGGAACCCUCAUCCGGGCUCUCGGAUGCCCCCAAAUUCACCGAUAUGACCAUCUAUCUCCUGCGGAUCACCACAGUUCAAUAUUACAGGCGUAUUAUUCAGGUGACACAUGCUUCGCGAAAGAAAUUGCGCAUCAGCAGUCCUGUGGAUGCGGCUGAAGCAUUAGUGGAGCUACAAAGCCUAUUGAGCACUGCUCAGACUCUUGCCAGCGAAUUUGAGAGGAAUCUGGACGACCUCGUCCGAUACUGCGAUAAGAGGUCCACGGGUGGAGCCUCGUACGAAGCGGGAGGCCCCACACCUCGACCGAGGAGCAUUCAGUAUCGAGCGACCAACAUGUCCCUCGCACAUAAAUGCAGUAGCGCCGAGUCUCCAGCAGCAUUGAACAUGAUGCAAUCCCCAGCAAUCACAGAAACAACGCCAGAGGACGAGCGAACAGAUUCGCUCAAUGAGCCCACGCAAGAUGUUACCAAGGCAGAACUCGGAAUCAGACAAGAAAUCAUGGUGUUCUUUUUCAUAACCUGCCUGAUAGAGAUUGCCAAGGAUAUGCACACUACCGUGUCUGUGGUGAACUUGUCUAUCGCUUUUGGUUCACUCUCUGUCGCCAUCACCCCCUUGUGGUGGUCAUACCUAGCCGAGCUCUAUGGUCGUCGACUAGUAUACAUACUAUUCUUCUUAUUUCUUGGAAUCUUCGGCAUUCUCGCCGCUAUCAGCCCCAACAUCGGCAUGUUUAUUGCCAUGCGACUCCUUGCGAAUGCCUCCAGCGCUUCCAUUCAAGCAGUCAGCGCCGGUAACAUUUCUGACAUUUUCGAAACGCAAGAGCACGGCAAGGCUAUGGGCGCUUUUAUGCUUGGUCCCAUGCUGGGGCCCAUGCUUGCUCCCAUUAUCGGCGGGGCGCUCACCAUGCGUUGGAGUUGGCGCAGCACGCAGUGGUUUAUGGCUAUCUAUAACUGGGCAGUGUUUGCAGUGAUGGUAUUAUUUAUCCCGGAGAUGGCCACCAACCUCGAGGAGAACCGCGACAAGCACCGAAACGACGCCAUUAGCCCCGGCAAGAAAGCCCUCUACUUCCUCUUAAAGCCCAUGGAAGCCACCAAGCUCCUUCAAUACCCUCCCAUUCUUAUUACGGUCUAUUACACUAGCAUUGUCUUCGCUACGUAUUACCUCAUAUGCGUUUCCAUCGAAGACACCUUCGCCUUUCUACCAUACUCCUGGAGCUCGAUCCUUGUCGGCGUGGCAUAUAUCCCGGGUGGCCUGGGCCUACUUUUCGGUGCUAUCGUUGGCGGCCGCUGGUAG